AAGAUCAUGCAUAAUAACCUUUACAAAUUACAACCACUUCACACUUUAUUAGUAUUACAUACUUUCCAGGAUAUGCUCUCACAAUCACAUGAACAACUCGUCAAUGUCUUCUUCUUCUUCUUCAGCAGAGGCACCAGCUCCAUAUGUUAAUUCUCCUUCACCUGCAACCAGGCUGUCAUCACCACCACCAUCACCAGCUCCAUAUGUUAGUCCACAAAUAGCGCCAACUUCUCCCCUGCGGCCGGCUUCUUUGCCUCCUCCUCCUCCUCCUCAAGUGGUAGCAUCGCCGCCUAUGAAUUCAGAGCCUCCUCUAACCUCUCCUCCGCUGCCUCUUCCAGCAACUCCAACGCCGCCCGUUAUAUCUCCUCCUCCUCCUCCGUCACCGUCACCGUCACCACCACCUUCAGUCACAGCCACUCCUCCUAUAUCUCCACCACAACUGCCUCCUCAACCUCCAACACCACCACCACCAUUAAUACUCACUUCUCCUCCCAUAUCUCCUCCACCCCCGGCAACUCCAUUAGGGCCGACUCUUUCUCUGCCACCCACAUCAGCCCCUCCCUUACUGCCAACACCUCCUCCUCCUCCUCCUCGAAAACCAACUUUAGCUCCGCCCUUUACAAAAAGGCCAAGUGGCUCACCGCCACCAUCGGCAUUGGCAUCUCCGCCACCUCCUCCUCCUUCUCUCCAAGCUCCAAAGUUUCUGACAUCUCCCCCAGAGCCACCGCCACUAGUAAACCGGAGUCUGCCGGUAAAGCCGCCCAUUAAUGGACAUUUUCAUAUAUCAGCAGGGCUUGCGGUUGGAUUUCUCACUGGUGUGAUUUUCCUUGUUAUAAUUGCGCUUGCCCUUUUAUUUGUUUGUUGCCAAUAUAGGAGAAAAAAGAAUCAUGGGCCUGUGGAGGAUCACUACAAAUUGCACGGCUUGGCGCCUAAAGGGGCACUGAUGCUCAAGGUGUUACCAAAUCCUGGCAUGAGCAGCAGUGAGGGCUCAGGAUCUGGAAAUCCAAUCCCACCUGCCUUGAGUCUCUCAAGUGGAACCAUGACAUAUGAUCAGCUAGUUGUAGCCACCAAUGGCUUCUCGGAGACCAACCUUCUCGGGCAAGGCGGUUUUGGGUAUGUCAACAAGGGAAUCCUUCCCAGUGGGCAACAAAUUGCAGUUAAGCAGUUAAAGAAAGACAGCGGGCAGGGGGAACGGGAGUUUCAGGCUGAGAUUGAGACCAUUAGUCGGGUGCACCAUAAACAUCUUGUUUCAUUGCUUGGCUAUUGCGUUACUGGGGCAGAGAGGUUGCUUGUUUAUGAGUUUGUGCCAAACAAUACCUUGGAAUUCCACUUACAUGGAGAAGGGCGCCCUGUUUUUGAAUGGGCAGCUAGAAUGAGAAUUGCUGUUGGGUCUGCAAAAGGAAUAGCAUAUCUUCAUGAAGAUUGUAAUCCAGCAAUCGUUCAUCGUGAUAUCAAGGCAUCUAAUAUUCUUCUUGACUUCAGGUUUGAGGCAAAGGUUUCCGACUUUGGACUGGCAAAAAUAUUUUCAGAUACUAAUGCUAGCGUAACUCAUAUCUCCACUCGAGUGGUAGGAACCUUUGGGUACCUAGCUCCAGAGUAUGCAUCAAGUGGUAAAGUAACAGAUAAAUCAGAUGUUUACUCAUAUGGGGUCAUGCUCUUAGAACUCAUAACUGGACGUCCGCCUAUCAGUAAAAUAGACUCCUCAAGGAAUGAGGGCCUGGUUGGCUGGGCUAGGCCUUUGCUCUCUCAGGCACUAGAAAAUGGAAAUUUUGAUGCUCUUGUUGAUCCAAGAUUACUGAGUAAUUACAACACCAGUGAGAUGGCUAUAAUGGUUGCUUGUGCUGCUGCUUGCGUGCGCCAUUCUGCAUGGCUUCGACCACGAAUGAGCCAAAUAGUUCAUGCUCUAGAAGGACAUGUUUCUCUGAUGGAUUUUGAUGAAGGAAUGCCACCGGGACUUGGAAGUUUGUACGGAUAUUCAGGAAGUUCAAAUUUUGAUGCCCAGAAAUGCAUGGAAGAGAUGAAGAAGUUCAGUAUGGCAUUGGAGAGUCAGGAGUAUGGCUUCAGCAAGUAUAGUGAAAGCACCAGCGAGUAUGGUCUUGACCCUUCUGGCUCAAGCAGUGAGUUCCAGGACAACCUCAAAUCAAGAUAGCAGAGAUGAAUAUUGAUGGGAAUUUUGGUAUCUGAUGCUCAAUUUUUUCCCCCUUGAGACACAGAGAGAGAGAGAGAGAGAUUACUUCCUUUUUGUUAAUAAUAGUAUUCAAAUAGCUCUAAUUUUCUUGCUCAGGCUUGUUGGACAUUUGCAACAUGUGCUAGUACUUCAUGUUGAUCAUCCAAGUGCGACAGGCAAUGAUGCUCAUCAUAGCAGCUUAGCCACUGAAUUCCCAGUACAUGGUGACUAGAAAUUUAUUAUAGAAUGAAGAAAAUAAGAGAGCAGCGGAAGCAAGAAAGAAAGAGAAUAUAUAGAUUUUGGGGCGAUUUAGUGGAGAGCCCGAACCCGAUAAGACUACGUCUUUAUUGAA